UGCAGUUCGCUUCAGUCUAGCUCCGCGUCCGUCGUCUGACGCUGUGAUUGUUUAUCCGUUCCACACGUGACAGGAUAAAUAUAGCACAUCGAAAGACUUCAUUUAUGCGGUUUCUCGGGACAAAUCGAAUUACCGCCUACACUUACAAAAGCGGUCAGUCGUAUACUCCCAGAUUCCAGUCCGUAGAUGACCGUAGACGCUUGAGGGUCGCCUGUAGACCUGGAGGUGACAGGGCCCGUUCUCGCUAGAGUGUUCCCCAUGUGUAUACCUAGUAGUUGUAUUUAUGUGUUUUAUCUCCUGUGAAUAUGUCAGUUCGCGUAGUGCUUGUAUUUUUAUGUUUGUCCUCUGCGACGUAUUCCAUGUCCUCCGGUGACUGGGCACCCAGUGCAGGAGUGUCUUCGUCCUUCCAUCACCACGACGAAGGGGAUGCCUACUACACCACAGCCUACCUCAACAUCACCUUCGUCGAUCCCGUCACGGGCAGGACCGUCCGGGAGAAGACGGAGAUCGGUAAAUUCGGUGAGUCCUAUAUCGGAGUGUCCUCCGGAGUCCUAGUCCACGUCCGGUCCGGAGCGGACAACUCCGGAUGUACCCUCCCGUUCCGGAGCACCGCCGGCUCCGGUCAGCUUCCCAAGGAGUCCUGGAUCGCGCUCGUGAAAAGAGGUGGCUGCAACUUCCAAGUGAAAGUGGAUAAUGCUUACGCCAGCAACGCCUCCGGGAUCAUCGUCUACAAUGACCGAGACUCCAGCGUGCUGGAGAAGAUGAAGUUGACACUCAGGGCAAAACGACGACCGCUGGGGGCAGUGUUCACGUACAAGUGGAAAGGCGAACAACUGGCAGCGCUGGCGGACAACGGCACCCGCGUGCUGACGGAGGUUACAGUCGCUCAUCACUGCAGCAUGAGGACCUCCAUCAACAGGUUAGUCGAAAUGACGUCCGUGCUGUUCGUCAGCAUAUCGUUUGUCGUUCUCAUGUUGAUCUCACUUGCUUGGCUCGUCUUCUACUACGUGCAGAGGUUUCGAUACAUCCAUGCAAAAGAUAGAUUAUCGGGUCAUCUUACCUCCAGUCCACAGGACUCCCCUGCUUCUAACUUCUCUAUUAUAGAUUUUAGAGUCGUGAAUGUAAGUUUACUGGAAAGAAGACUUUGCAGCGCAGCUAAGAAAGCUCUUUCUAAAAUCCCCACCAAACAUAUCAAGUUGGAUGACAAGGAGGUGCAGGGUGAUGGUGAAUGUUGCGCCAUCUGUAUAGAGCCAUACAGAACAACAGAAGUUGUCAGGAUACUGCCUUGCAGACACGAGUUUCACCGCGGCUGUAUAGACCCGUGGCUGGUGGAGCAUCGUACCUGCCCUAUGUGCAAGAUGGACAUCCUCAAGCAUUACGGCUUUGUUUUUACUGGCAGCCAGGAGAGCAUCCUACACAUGGACAUAGAGGAGGUGGUAAGUGAGUCGGAGAGUCUGCACCAUCUGCCGGUGUCGUCUCGUAGCCGAAGUCUCAGCCCCUCCCCGAGGCCUAUCUCUCAGUUUCAGAUCGGAAUUGAUUUUCCGAGCCGUGCUGACCAGCUGAGCCGAUCCUCCUCCCCUGAUGAGCUCACACCUUCUCUCCCUCACUCAGGAGGGACCAUAGUGCGACCACAGACGUCGAUUGGUUGCAACGAACUGCUGGCUGUGCCAGGCUCUGCCUUGCGUCGCUCGCUCAGUCUGGACAACUGUAGCCAGUAGCAUCACACUGCUGCUAAACUCACCACUCGUCACUAGUCAACCGCUCGUUUCGUUCUUUUGUAUAUAAUGCUCGUUUAUUUUUAAGUAUAAUUUAAUUGAUAAUUUUUACCUUAAGUUAAACGGCCGAUAUCGUAUUCCAUCCAUUUUGACUGACUCGAUGCCUUUUUAUCGGCAGUUCACUAGAUGACUACAAUUCAACUUAAAUCUUGAUGUUUGCGAUUAGGAUUCAUGUGUUUGUUGUAAAUUUUUGUGAAAUGACUUUGAAAGGAAAUUUUGUAGGUUAAGUGGAUUUUGAUGUAUACUUGGCGUGAAAAGUGUACUGGCCAUUUUGAUAUAUUUAUAGAAAAGUAUUGACAUGUAAUCAUUAUUGUUUACUGCUAAAUUAAAGUGUUCUUUAUACUUGUUUAUUUAACAGCAAAUAAAUGCCACAUAAAAACUUAUUUAGUUUAUAAAAAAUUAAAUUGUUAUCAAGUAAAAAUUUUGCAUUUGGUGUCUCCACUCCUUGGCAGUUUGUUUAUUGAAUGUUUGAUGUUCUUGUUGAUGUAUUGUUUAUGCAAAUGUGUUCCACGAAUAACUUAAACAAUACUAAACUUAGUCUCACAUGAUAUAAAGUUUUUAUUUAUAUUUUCCCUCCGUUGUCUUUAUUAUAUUUUGAAAUAUAAUUUAUUAAAUCCAAAUUUGUAAAUUUAAAUGUUAAAAUAUACUGUAAUCUAUCAUUUAUUGUACAGUAUCGGCUUAAUUUCUGUGAUUAAAACAUUUAGUAUAUAUAUAAUUUUUUAUUUUGUCGUGUUAAUCAUUUUUUAUGUUAAUAAUGGUGUCUAUUAAAGUAGUUGUUUAUGUAUUUUAAAUGAUAAUAAUUUGUAAUUAAUUGCUGUUUUCUUUGGCUAUAGUUUAAUUUAUAUUUUCUACUGUACUUUUUAUAUCAUAAACUAAGUUGCUAACAACACUUUCUGUUCUUGGAAUCGAGAUAGGAGUAUCUGUGAUUUAUGUGAUAUUAUUCCAAAUAUUUAUAAUAGUUCUUUGUAUACAAUAAUUCCAUGGUUGGAUACAUUGAAUAAAACUAUCCACUUCUGUUCUGAAAAUCAUAAAAGUCACUUUUAAAAUAAUUUUAAAACAGUCUUGAGCUUUCAAAAACAUUCAUUAGUUUCUGUGAAUCUGAUAUAUAUUCUAUGUCGAGAGAAGACUUACUCCUUUUCACAUAGGGAUUUACUGUGAGUAUAAAGUUUCUGAUAACAGGAAUAAAAGAAGACAUCACCUUAUCAUUCAUGUAACUAUGUGCUAUAUUAUUUAAUGAAGUUAAAAAAUGAAAUAAAUGCCAUUUCCAAAUAUAAA